AUGAGAACAACUAAGAGACCAUCUAUAAGAAAAAUUGAAGGAAAUUUUAUUAGUUUUCCAGCAUUUUAUUCAAUUGAAUUAAACGCCCAUGUACUCACUUUUAUUUUAUUAUUAGUAUUAAACAAGAAAUUACCUAUUGAAUCAUUGAAUAUAUGUUUAUUUAGUUCACAACCUUCUGAAAACAUGUUUCGUUUUGCAAGGUCAUUAACAGGUCCGUUUUCAACUAUGACUAAUUUUACAGUUCAACAAUUUCUUUCCAAAAUUCGAAAAAUUUCAAUUUUAAAUGAAAUUAAAACUUUAGAAGCAUCUAAUGUUGAUUCAAAUGCAAUUAAAUUUCCUACACAUCAUAAACAACAUCAAGAUAAUUUAUCAUUAUCAAUGUUAACAAAUUUAGAUGAAAUUACAAUAGAUAAAAUUGAAGAAAAUAUUUAUGAAGCUUAUGAAUAUACAAAACCUUUUAUGGAAAAGUUACAAAUGCCAUCAUUUUUGAAAAAAAAAUAA